UCUGCGUAGGCGACUGCGCUUUAGGAUUAUAACCCUUACCAAAUAUAAUUCUCAUUUUGGCGUGCACCAACAGUGAUGUAGUCUUGGGAAAGGAUAAGGUAACUACACCUUUUCCAAUAGCACUUUCGAAAGUAUCAGUUGGAUUUUAGAAAGCAUCAAUUCGAUUUUAGAAAGCGUCAAUUCGAUUUUAAAAGGUAUCAUAUGGACUUUAGCAUAGUCAAAUGUUCUUUAGAAGACGUCAAAAAUACUUUAGAAUUAUCAAAUGUAUUUUAGAAAGUAGCACUUAGAUUUCAGAAAGCGUCAAAUGUACUUUAGGUUAGUCAAAUGUACUUCUGAAAGCAACAAAUGUACUUUUGAAAACACCAAAUGUUUUUUUAAAAAAAUCAGAUGAACUUUAGAAAGUGUCAAAUGUACUUUCGAAAAUAUCAAAAGUACUUUCGACAAUAUCAAAUCUACUUUCGACAAUAUCAAAUCCACUUUAGAAAAUAUCUACUGUAUGUAAUAUAACAUAACCGAGUAACAUUUAAAGAAAAUGUAAAAUGUAGAAUAAAUAUUACGAGUAUUUUAAAUACUCACGUGUAGUCGUUAACAAUGCAAGUUCAGGAUAACUGCGCAUUUUGCCUCGUCUCUAUGAAGCGUCGAGCAUUGAAAAGGUUACAGCCAUGCAGACACCUAUUUCAUGCUGACUGUUUUGAAAAUGUACCAACCGCAACAAGUUGUCCAAUUUGUCGAAGCGAUGUAACGGUUGCCGAAUCAGUUGAGCGACGUGCCAACAUAAAAUACUCUGCUGAAGACAGGAAGCGAAUUGUGGAGGCAGCCAAUAAAGGCCUUGAUUGGGUGCAGCUGGCGGAGUCUUUAAAUGUAAAAUAUAAAACGGCUUACGUAUGGGUAUCUUCUGGCACUCCUCAAGCACUAAGGCAAGGCAGUACAAAAGAAAGAGCGCUGUCGGACAAUGAAGUUGCAGUGAUGGUCCAAUGGAUUGAGGAGGAUGCCACUAUGACACUCACAAAAAUUCGUGAAAAAAUUAAACAAACGUUUAGAAAAGAUAUGUGCAUUUCCAGCGUGGGAAACUAUUUACAAGGACAACUUUUUACGAUGAAGGGGAUUCAUAAGGAACCUCAAUCAAUGAAUUCGCAGCUAAAUAAGGAAAAGCGCCGCGAAUACGUAUGUACGUUGAAUCAAUAUAUUCAGGAAGUCUAGCAGAUUUUAUACAUCGACGA